AUGAGCGCCGCUCCUAGCUUGGAAGAUACUCCGCCAGUAUCUACGUCCCCGUCACUGGUCGCCACGACUUCGCCUGCGCGGACGCCAGCUGCUGGGCCGCCUUCGGCCUCGUCGCCGGAUCCAGCCACGGCACUACCAGCGGCUUCGACCCUACCUCCUGUGACUGCUCCGUUCUCCCCGCCUCCUUCCGUUGUCGCAACAUCGGCGCAGUCGCUAGCAGCCCUCGCCACGCAUCAUCACCAGCAGCAUCACGAGAAGCAACAUCAUCAGCAGCAGCCACACCAACGCCAUGCUGAGCCGCCCACGAUUCUCCCGCGCCCCGGCGAGCUGUCACCUACUAGGCAUGUGACGCCCGCGCCGACCACAGUCCACGCAGGGCCCGCCAGCGUCCACACACCACCAGCACCUUACUACGUGCAGGCUACGUCGCCGCCGCCCCCGAGGCAGACCACGAGCUCCUCCGCAUCUACUCAGGCCACCAGCGCCACAAUUGGUUCCGCAGAGACCAACAACACAUCGUACAGUGCCGACACCUCUCCUACCUUGCACCAAUCUAUCUUCUCCCUCAAGGAUGGCUCCGACGUCUCUAACAACCGGCGAACCAGCAGGAGACGUACCGGACCACUUUCCCAACAGAGCCGCGAAAAGGCCGCCCUGAUUCGAAAGCUUGGCGCUUGCAAAGACUGUCGACGACGACGCGUUGCCUGUCAACCGGCCCACUACAAUUUGACGUGGGACGAUCUCUACCGAAGAUUCAACCGGUCCAGCAGCCCUAAUGUCCAGGACAUUGCGCCAUCGACCUCUGGCGAGAGGCCACAGAGCCCUUUGCAGGCCCAUGAGGGUGCGGUCCCAGCCAUGUUCGCACACGAACCCCAGGAGAUGGACAUUGAUACGCCCCCUCACGCCAGCACCAGCAUGGGUCGUUCUCCUCUCAGCGACGCCCGCAACAGGACGCCCCUACCCUCAGGGCCACGCCUGGAAAAGUCACUGUCACUGCCACGGAUCGAGAACCUCAAGAACGAGCUCCAGUCGCACGCGGCCCGGAUGUUGUCCACAGCGAGCCGGAGCCGGUAUACUUCAGUCCACGCGCUGCUGUUGCAUUGGCAGGAUGAUGACAACGCAGCCGCUGUUGGAGGCGCUGUGAGGAAUUUGGCGCAUGUCCUCGAAUACAGCUAUCGUUACUCUGUGAAAGUGAAGCCGAUUCCCUCGUCGAGUGAUGGCUCAAGAAACGCGUGGAGAUGGCUCUCGAGAGAACUGAACGAGUUCUGUGAGCAAAAUGACCAGCGGGAUGUGCUGAAGAUUGUCUACUAUGCAGGCCAUACCUAUCUCGAGGGAGAAACGGUCUUGUCAAGCUCGAAGAAGGACCUUGCAAACGCUACGACAGUGCGAUGGAACGGAUUGCAGCAAAUACUCGAAGUGGCGUCAGCGGAUACUUUGGUGGUGAUGGACGCUGCGUACUUCCCCUCGUCCAAAUUAGAUCGCAGGACGGGUGUGCUGGAGCUCAUCGCGGCCGCCAUGUCAGAGGACCACCACGAGGCCCUGGACACGACCGCGUUCACCGUCGCCCUGACAGAGUUGCUGCGAGUGAGGGCGGGCAAGGAGAGCCCACUGACAGCAGCAGAGGCGCACUCGAUCCUCUUCUCCAGCUACAGCCGGAUGGUGCGGGAUCGUGUGCCAGAGCAGGAGGUUGUGACCCGAUUUCCCGCCCCGCUGCAUAUCAUGGCGUCCGGAAACCCACGCCUGCCCUCGAUCUAUCUCGUACCGACAGAACAGAGCAGCUUGUCACGAAGCACUGUGCACGACGACUGUCCGCUGCUGCACAUGUCGGUCCGCCUCGCCGAUGACAAUGUGGACCUGGAUGCCUGGAACGAGUGGUUGCGGCUGAUGCCAGACAGCGUUCGGGACGUCAAGGUGGAAGGGCCUUACAGAUCUCACAGAUGA